AUGAAUGAUAGCUUAACUGUGUAUAAUGUAGCUGAGAUAAUUUCUGUGCCACUGCUGUACAAUAGCAGUACCCAAGGGGAUGAAUUGGUGGAAAUAAACAAGUGCACGAAGAGUGGUCUUCCCUGUAAUGGCCAUACCUUCAACACUGAUUUUACAUCCAUUGUAACAGAGUGGGAUUUAAUCUGCAACCGAGACUUUAUCAGUGACACUAUAUCGUCCCUCCAGAUGGCCGGAGUACUGAUAGGUUCUCUGGUGUUUGGACAGUUGGGGGACGCUUUCGGUCGAAAGAAGGUGUACUUUUUUGCCUUGCCGUUCACCAGCAUAGUAGGAGCAGCGCAAGCUUUUACUAAUGACUGGGUACAGUUUGCUAUACUACGCUUCCUUAGUGGAACGGGGAUUGGAGGUUGUAUUGUUGUCGGCUACGUUUGGAGUGUUGAAUUCCUCGGCCCUAAGUAUCGCCCUGUUACAACUGCGUUGGGGCUGUGGUUUUUUGGAUUACUGAUACUACUGCUGUUUGGCUACUUCAUCCGAGAAUGGCGUACAUUUUUGCUAAGCACUACUUUACCAGGAGUCUCAAUCAUCAUCGCUUGGUGGUUUCUUCCGGAGAGUCCUAGGUGGCUGCUGUCGCAGGGUCGAUAUGACGAGGUUGUCACUAUUGCCAAAAGAAUAGCAAAAGGCAACAACAAACCUUUGCCAGAUAUGGAUGCUUUUGUUCAACAAUGUGAAGAAGAAAUGCAUUUAGCACAACGCAACAGACGGUACAGAUUUUGGGAUCUUUUCCGGACCCCGACUCUCACAAGAACUACAACUAUGAUCAUGUUUAUUUGGUUUACAGAAAGCCUUUUAAGCUAUGGGUUAUUGUUCAAUUUGAAGAACUUGCCAGGCAGCAAAUACGUCCACGUAGGCAUAAACGUCGGUCUAGGAUUCAUUGUUGCGCUCCUCAUGCUCAUUUUAACUAGAUGUAUUGGUCGCAGAAGAAUAGCGGGUGUUUGUCUGCUUGUAACGGCAGUUUUAAUGAUUCCUCUCAUUGUCCUGGUAGCUGUUGGGUGGUACACGGAGUUGUGGGUGGUAGUCUCAGUGAUAACUAAUAUAGCCCUAACCAGUAUAGAGAUAGGUUGGAAUGCCAUGUUUAUUUUAACCUCGGAAUGCUAUCCAACGCCCAUAAGGAAUCAAGGUCUAGGGUUUGCCUCCAUGUCAGCUCGAAUAGGCGGUAUCAUUGCUCCUCAGAUGGCGUACGUAACUAAGUUCUGGGUGGGGAUACCUUACGUCAUUGGCGUUUGUUUCGCCUUGGCAGCCGGCUUGGUUACAUGGUUCUUGCCUGAAACAAGACAUAAAGCGCUAGAAGAUAGCGUGCCACCGAGAUCCUGGUGUUUCUGUUGGGCCAAAAGGAAAGAGAUAUCUUAUGGCAGGACUAAGAACACUGACGUUCCUUUACAAGAUCUUAUGCUUCAAAUGGACGAAGGGGCACGUUUUACGGAUAAAAUAUAGAUCAACAUAACUUUGCUAUUUACAUAUAUACAAUUUGAUUGACAUUUUUUAAGAAUCACUUUUUAGUGAAAACUGCGGGUUGGGACUUUUAAAAUAUCAACAGCACUUGCAAAUACGAAUUAAGUAAUUUUGGCUAUUUACAUCAGGGCUGUUAAUAUACCACGACGUCUGCAAUAAGUAGUUUUGCUUAAAAACUAUAGCAAAUAUGUUAAACGUCUACACAAUUAUCUAUUCCAUUGAUAUUUGAAAAAUGACUGCUCUAAUUUGUACACUGGGGACAUUAAUAGAACUUGCAGUAAAAUCGCUACGAUGGCAAAUUUGAGUAACUGCGGCAGUACCUGUUCAAUAUUUAUCCAAUAACUGUUUUAAAAAAAAUAAAUAGGAUAACUCUUU